GCGGGAAGAGGCUGCGAGGCGGGGAGCGGGGCCCGGAGCCCCGCCGCCUCCCGCGCCUGUAGCCGGGCCGGCCGCGCGCCUCCCGGCAUCCCCCGCUUCGACUGGCUGGCAGACCCCCAGCGACUCCCCUCCCCCAUCCCCUGUGCCGACGCCGACGCCCUUCUUCACAGCCACGGUUCAGGGAGGAGGGGCCGGUCUCCGCCCGCUCGACGGUCCCUCUCCCGAGCCCAGCCGGCCGCGGCCCCGACGAGAUGUCCGGCCGGGGGCCCAGUUUGGACGGGAAGGCCGACCUGGCCAACGGCAGCCCAUCCAGCAGCAGUGGCCCGGAGGAGACGUCCGGAGCGGAGGAGGGGCGGGAGACGUCGUCGGGCAUCGAGGCGGAGGCCUCGGACCUGAGCCUCAGCCUGAGCGGGGAGGACGGGGCCGGGCCGGGGCCCUCGCCCGGCGGCGACAGCUCGCCCGACGACGAGGACGAGGACAGCAUGGAGGACACGGGCCGCUACUCGGUCAGCGACGAGACCCGGGGCCCCGGUCCCUCGGAGGAGGACGACGACGACGAGGAGGAGGACCGGGGCCGGGAGGAUGACGACGACGACGGGGAGGAGGAGGACGACGAGGAAGAGGAGGACGGGGAGGACGAGGAGCUGCCCCGCAUCCGGGUGGAGCCGAAGGCGGCCGGGCCGGACGCGGAGGGCGAGCGGGUCCUGGAGGCCUGGGCGGCGGCCGAGACGUGGGCCCUGCCGCGGCCGCGCUGGCGGGCGCUGGCGGCCCUGCGGCAGCGGGAGCUGGGGGCGGGCCGGGGGUUCGCCCGCGAGGCCUGCGGGGCCCGGGCCUUCGUCCAGCGGUUCCGCCUGCAGCACAGCCUGGAGGGCCACGCCGGCUGCGUCAACACGCUGCACUUCAACCGGCGCGGGACGCGGCUGGCCAGCGGCAGCGACGACCUCAAGGUGGUCGUCUGGGACUGGGGCCGCCGCCGCCCCGUCCUCGACUUCGAGAGCGGCCACAAGAGCAACGUCUUCCAGGCCAAGUUCCUCCCGAACAGCGGCGACUCGACCCUGGCCAUGUGCGCCCGGGACGGGCAGGUGCGCGUGGCGGAGCUGUCGGCCACCCAGUGCUGCCGCAACACCAAACGGGUGGCCCAGCACAAGGGCGCCUCGCACAAGCUGGCCCUGGAGCCGGACUCUCCGUGUACUUUCCUGUCUGCGGGCGAAGAUGCCGUCGUCUUCACCAUCGACCUCCGCCAGGACCGCCCGGCAUCGAAGCUGGUGGUGACGAAGGAGAAGGAGAAGAAGGUGGGGCUGUACACCAUCUACGUCAACCCGGCCAGCACCCACCAGUUCGCCGUGGGCGGGAGAGACCAGUUUGUGAGGAUUUACGACCAGCGGAAGAUGGACGAGAACGAGAACAACGGGGUGCUGAAGAAGUUCUGUCCCCACCACCUGGUGACCAGCGAGUCGAAAGCGAACAUCACCUGCCUGGUGUACAGUCACGACGGCAGCGAGCUCCUGGCCAGCUACAAUGACGAAGACAUUUACCUCUUCGACUCGUCCCACAGUGACGGGGCCCAGUACGUCAAGAGAUACAAGGGACACCGCAACAACGCCACAGUGAAGGGCGUGAAUUUCUACGGGCCCAAGAGCGAGUUCGUGGUGAGCGGCAGCGACUGCGGCCACAUCUUCCUGUGGGAGAAGUCUUCCUGCCAGAUCGUCCAGUUCAUGGAGGGGGACAAGGGCGGCGUGGUGAACUGCCUGGAGCCCCACCCCCACCUGCCCGUGCUGGCCACCAGCGGCCUGGACCACGACGUCAAGAUCUGGGCCCCCACGGCCAAGGCCCCCACGGAGCUGGCGGGGCUCAAGGAUGUGAUGAAGAGGAACAAGAGGGAGCGGGAUGAGGACAGCCUGCACCACACGGACCUGUUCGACAGCCACAUGCUCUGGUUCCUCAUGCACCACCUGCGCCAGCGCCGCCACCACCGGCACUGGCGAGAGUCCGGCGUCGGGGCCGCGGACGGGGAAUCGGACGAAUCCCCCAGCGCGUCGGACACGUCGGACGAAGAGGGGCCGGACCGGGUGCAGUGCAUGCCGUCCUGAGAGGGCGGUCCGGUCCUCCCACCCUGAGCAGAAUUGCACUUUGGACUCCUCGCUUUAGAGGGAGGGCGGGGGGUGGGGGGCCAGGGGGGAACCGUCCCGGGAUGGGGCGUGAGGAGGUGGGGACGGGCUACUGGCACUGUGCC